AUGGCCACCGCUACAGGGUCGAUAGUUUGCUGUUCGAUUUGCUUAGAGGAGGCAUCUGACAAUUGUGAUCGAACUAUUGUGCGACUUCGAUGUUCGCAUGUUUUUCACCUUGACUGCAUCGGUUCUACCUUUAACUCGACGGGUGUGAUGCGAUGCCCUAAUUGCCGACAAAUUGAAAAUGGCACUUGGAGGCGCUUUGGUUAUUGGAAUAUGCAAGACUUGGGUGAAGAGUAUUGGAUUAACGAUGAUGUGGAAGACAUUGUCUGGUAUAAUCCAAGGCCACGAACUGAGGAGGCUGCAUUCCAUUCUGACGAAUGGGCUAGGAGAUUAUCAGUAGCCCAUGGGUAUAAUCGCGGGGUUGAGCACAGUGAGGUUGUUGGUUCCAAUGACAUCUAUCGUCAUUCUCCUUUUAGGGGUGGAGUUGCAGAAUUUAGUACCAAUCAGGUUACAACUAGAUUUGCAUCCUCUGGGCAUGCAGCACAAAUGGAGUCUGCUGGUCAUCUAUUUGCUCAUGAUAAUCAAGGUUCAUCAUCACCAGCCAUACUUGCUUCAAUGACAAAUGGUCCAAUCCAUGAUAACUUUCAAUGGUCACGACCAUUUGGCAAUUCACCACCACCGGCAUUACAUGCUUCAAUGGCGUCUGGCUGGGGGGUGAUCACUGGAUUUAUGGGGCAUACAUCCAAUGGGAUUCAAUUAGAUCAUGCAGGUCCGUCUUCAUCAGUACAGAUUGGGUUUCCAUUCCAUGUAUCAUCAUCUGAACAGACUACGGACCUCUUUCACGAAAGCAACGUAGAUUCUGCAGCUAAGCUAAGCAGGAAAUAUGAACAGUGGUUUGCAGAACAAUCUAGAGAUUAA